UGAGCUUCGCGACGCUCCCUGCCCGCAGGUUUCACGCGAACAGGACGACGAGCCACUGUCGACGGUCCCUUGACUUUCUGAUGAAAUCUCAAACUGAAACGUAGACGGACAGACGGAAGCGACGCGGCGGUUAAAAUUAGACUUCAGAGGUGAAAUAGAAGCUUUACUAACGCUGGCGGUGGUGAAAACAGUCUCAACUGGACCCCGAAGCCAACAAAUGUGUUUUUGGAGAGAAUAAUUUGAAUGCAACGUUACCGUCGCUCCCCGGUUAAAUAACCGCUAAGCUAGCUGCUCCUGCUAAGCUACCGUGUUAGCAUCACUGGCUGUCGUUGGAAGCAGAGGGAGACCUCCAGCCGCCGCCUUUUCACGGAGACAACGAGCAGAGAAAAUGGCCUUUCUGUCCUUUUCAGACCUGGAUGUGUCCUCGUACUACGAUUCAAGCGUGUUUCGUCUUUGUUUGUGCUCCAGCUCCGCCACCGUCUUCACCAAGUUGUCCACAAGAAAGAAGUCUAACCACCACUCUCAGCAAGGCGUCAGCGCCGCGGAGCGCGUCGGUGUCACGAACAAUAUUUCCUGGGUUCCCUCCGGCUGUGAGGAUCGGUCUGUGUGGUAAGGAGUAAAGACAAUGUUUCAGUGAAAACACUCGACGUGUAUAAAUGGACUAAAGAAGUGCUGCUGCUAAGCUGCACCGGAGGCGCAGCCUCAGAGACAGUUACCCUUUGACAGCUGUCAGAUUAGCCGCUAAGUCAGAGAACCAGGAACCGCCGAGUGAUUCCUGCUGCUCAGGAAUGUCUCUGCGUUUUUAGUUUACACGUCUGACUUGAAGGAAAUGUUCAAAAGUAUGAGCGGUGGAGAACAUUUAUCCGGCGGCCAGAGCUCGUCUUCUCCGACCGGGCGUGGAGUCCCCUCUCCCGGGCUUGACAGCCAGGAAAGCUCGUGGAUCGGCCUGCUGUCCCUGGUGUCCAGGCCUGCGAUGUCAUUUCUGCAAAAAUAUCUCCCGGGGAGACCCCGAACCCCGGCCCUUUCUGAUAAACAAGCUGGUUGGCUCAACGAGGAUUUAAAAAGCAGCUUUGCUAAUGAAGAAAGUGAGUUUUUAAGACAGUUGGACGACAUACUGCCGCUAACGCAGCACCCGGCUCCCCAGCUGGCCUACGUGCAGUGUCGGCACGACGGAUCCGCCGGCCUGCUGGAGCCGAAAGGCGGCAGCACUGUGCCGUGGCUGACCGCUGAUUCUCUCCGGGAAAUAGGGAUUGAAAGCGCAGAAGAAAUGGACUUAAAUCUCUGCCAGCAAGCUCAGAUUGGAUAUUUCUCUUCUACCAGGACUUUUCUCAGUCAUGGUCGCUUCAGCUCGAUGUCAUCUCAGGAAAUAAACUCCGCAGGGGGGGCGGACUGGGCGCCAGAGCUGAUGAGUUCCUCCGUGAAGAGCAGCUGGGGUAAAAGCAGGAUGUGGUGGGGCAACUUUUGGGGAGGCGAGGAGAGUUCACAGAAAAGGCUCUUGUCAGAUUUGUCCUGGUCUGAGGAGGGGGCCCUGACAGGCUGGCUUUGUCCACAACAACCGGUUUCUCACACAAAAGCCCCUGCUGCCGAAACAACCGAUGUGUUUGUCCAGAGCGGCAGAGGGAGAUGGAUGCCGGGAGAAAACACUGGACCGUCUGACCACAAAGAGGAGCCGGCCAACAAUGGAGGCCUUCAAACAGUCCAGAACAGAGAGGGGUCCAUGCCAGACCACCGGCUCAGCGUCGGUAACCACCUGAGCAGUUCAAAAGCUGCCACUGCCUGCAGUGAGGGGGCACUUCUGACCCCAGAUCAGGACAAUGGUUACUCCAGUCUGGAGGAAGAGCACGUCCAGAUGUGCCAGCUGUUCAUGGUGAAAGCCCCGAGUGAAGAGCAGCCGCGGCCAGAGACCGAAUCCACUGAAACCUGUGACGCUGUCACAACAGACAUGGAGGAAGAGGCUUCUGAGGAGGGAGCGUCUACAUCAGGAAAGGUAGAUGACGAAGAGGGCAUGCAGGAAGAUGAGGAAGAACAGGAAGUAGCCCUUCAGGAGGAGUCCGCAGAGGCGACAGUACUCACCACCCCCCAGUGUCCGAAUAAAGCCAUUGCCUUCAUCAUGGGCUGCCCCUGCAGUGAUGAUGACAGCAGCCAAUCAGACGGGGAGUCCAGUGACGAGGACGAUGAUGGUUUUGACAGUGAGGGCUUUUCUGAUCUGUCCAGCUCGACCGAUGAAGAGGAUGAUGACGACGAAGACUCGGACAGCGAGGCAGACUCUGAGGCGGAACGCCUGUGGAGCUCAUUGUGCCAAAGUCUGGACCCAUACAACCCCCAAAACUUCACAGCCCGGCUACACACCAGCAGCACCCCACCCAAGACCAUCCCCACCUCCACACCUCCGUCCUCCACUCAGUCCACCCCCGCCUCCUCCCCUGACCUCACCCCUUUGUCCCUCUCCUCCCCUCACCUCAGCUCCACCCCUCCCUCAGGCCACGAUGUUUGGGAUGACUCCACCUCAGCCAGCGAGGUGGACGAAGCGGAAAGUCUCCGCCUGUGGAGCUCCUUCAGCUGCUCCUCGGACCCUUACAGUCCAUUUAACUUCCAGGCCCCGCUCAGGACUCGAGAGCCCGUCAAGUCGGGGCCCCGGGCCAAGACCAGGAAGGCCUCCCAGACUACCCCUCGCUCUCCCUGCCGUGCCCCAGCAUCUCCACCUAAGUACAGGAAGGAGGAGGCUGAGGAGAGGCUGGACAGCGGCUUCUCUGAACCCUCCACCUCCUCCAGCACACAGAGCUGCAGCAGAGCCAAGAAGGUUCGUUUCUGUGACGACGUGGAGGAGUUCUUCGCCAGCUGUGGCGAGGAGGAGGAGGAUCGCCGGGGCCCCUGGGAGGAGCUGGCCCGAGACCGCUGCAGAUUCCUGCGACGCUGCCAGGAAGUAGAGCAGAGCAUCGCCUACUGCCUGCAACCGCAGCACCGCAGCCUGGUGUACCAGCGCCUCGCCGUCCUCUGCGUCCAGGACUCCUGAGGACCAUCCACAUGUCCUCUGCGUCCAGGACUCCUGAGGACUCAGUUGACUAAUAGAUUAAUGAUUCAGGGCCGCUUCAUAACAGACUCAUUCAGAAAAACAAAAAAAAAAAAUGGUGUUUGAAGGGCUUGACUCGUGGCUUCACUGUGAGGAGAAACCUGUCUGCGGAGGAGUCGUCACUGUGUUCUGGUUGAAAGGUCUAAAAAGGUUUCAGAGUUCACCUCAGUUGGUUCCUCUCAUGUGAUCGUUUCAUGUUUGCAGUUUUUGUGUUGAUGUUUGCGUCUCAGAUACAGAAUCAAGCUGCUGUUCUCCUCAGAAACAUCAGAGUAGAUCUCUAAAGGGAGAAGUUUUUCAUGUAAAAUACACAAUUCUUUCAUGUCAUUUUUUUAUUGUUAAUUCAUCUAUGCAAUAAUUUGGCAUUCAGAUAAUCAUUUUUCUGUCAAACAGUCAGAGAACAUCCAGAGACACUGAUGAGAGGCAGCACUUUGUUUUCAUGAUCCAUUAACCUGCACAUCAGUCCUUCAUUUAGUCCUGAAGCUCGGACUGAGACCAGCAGCUGGAACCAGUCUGGUCUGAUUAAAAAUCACCUAAAACCCUUCAGGACUGAUUCAAAAAGUUGAUUAAUUGUCUGCUGAGCGAUGAAUCGACUACAGCAAACAUGAAAACAGCUGUCUCUGAUGGACACUGCAGCUUCUUUCUGUGAGACGGAUGUAGAGUCAAACCAGCGGACAGAACCAGAUGGAAGCGGUUUAAUGUUCAGUAUUUGUUUGCUUUCAGUUUUCUCUUUAAAGCCAAAGAUCGCUCAUGUGUGACAGACAGGAGCUCAACUUCAAGUGUUUCCAUCCAGUUCAUUUGCAUUCAUGUAGAAAACGUUGCUCAGACUCUCACGUGUUUCUUCUUCUGCUGCUGCAAACGGCGUCACUCCUUCCUGAAGAAGAGGAAGAGGAAGAAGAAGGCGGUUUGAAGCUUAGACCUCACACCAGUUUGAUGUUGUCUCAACACAAAGCAGCUGCACAGAAACUGGAGUGAUGAAUUGGACCGGCAGUGUUAGCCGACAUGUCGGCUACCAGGAAGUGUUGAUCUGAUGAGGAAGACCUCUGUUACUCAUCUGAUUUCUUCAUCAUUUAAACGUUCGGCCUGUUUUCUAGAAAGAAAUUCUGCUGCUAACUGAAGGAAGUCUUAGAUCAGCUCGCGUCUGCCGCCGAGGCCCCGCCCUCGCUCACAUUUCUGGGUAUCUCAUUGGUUGAAUGGACUCAGGUGUGCUGUGGAGAUUUGCCUGUUUGACAGAACCGUCACAGACUGUGGAGAGAAUUUCUAGAAGAUUCCAACCAUAUCUGAAUAAAUAGAAUGUGAGAAGUAGAGCUGCUGCCUUCUGGCACCUUUGCUUGAUUGAUGACUUCAAAGAUUGAUGAUUAAUUGACUAAUUGUUUGAUCUUUCACUGAGAGAACUCAUGACCUCAGUAUUUCAAAUCAUGAAGAGGGAUUUCUGAACAUCUGCUCUUUGUUAAAAACAGAUUUGUGAUGAUUUUUUAUGAUUUUACAGAAAUGAAAAAUAAUGACUCGAGUUGUUUCCAGAGUUACUUUGAACGUUCAGUGUUCACAUUAAAGUGUCGUCGUGGUUCGACUCUGAAGAGAAACACAUUCGUUUAUUCUCUCAGUUAAUAAAAUGUCAGAACGCCAAAGAGAGAGAGAGAGUGGGCGUGACCUGAACCCGAGUUUGACCAAUAACAACAGACAGGAAGUUCAAACAGUGAGACGCUCCGUCGUGUCGUCUCCAGACGGACCGACGGGGGUUUGGUGGUUCUGGUCUCACAGUGUUCGCUGAACUCGGCCGUCUGUCAGCUGGUGAUUUGGUGACUUUAAAAAUGAGGGAACGCCACAUUUGAAUAAAACAUGUUUCUGUUAUUUUAGUCUAAGAUGCUUUUUAUUUUUCUAACGCAUCGUUUGUCUGGUGGGCAACUCUUCUGUUUAAUCAACACAACUAAAUAUGGCAAUUAAAUACUGAAUAUUUAAUAAUCACA